AUGGUGUCCAGCGCGACGCGGCCGCUGACUGAUGGAGAGAUUCCGGAUAAAUAUGCUCGGAAUCCCAGGCAUACUAGAUGGGGGUCCUUUAGGGCAGACAUUGACAGUAAGCUUGGAGCGGUCCCAUACAGGCUUGGCAGGGGCUCUGACAUAGAAGCAGCUGUCGAGUCUCUGAGCAGGGACUUGACGGCCGCAUAUGAGGAAAACUGCCCGUUACGCAAAGUACAAGACCCUGAGAUUCUAAGUGAUUCUGACAUGGAAAUAAUGGACGGUGCUGUUGAAUGGAAUCCUUCAAAUGGUUAUGUGGCUGGGUACAUUUUGGGCAGACUCAAAAUUGAUAGUAAUUGUGAAUCCUGUGCAAGAUUAUUUUCUUUGGUUGUCACUGAAAAGCAUCUAUUUGUGACGUUUAAAGAGCAUGAUGAGGAAAAGCGAUUGAAGUAUGCAAGUGAAGAUUUAAUUAACCUCAUUGGUCUUCUGGAUGAAAAGAUCCUUCCCAAGAACCCGGAAAGGAGAAAAAGGUGGUUGUCGGCCCGUGGAUUCGAGGAAAACCAUCAAUUUCCUAAGAGGGUGGAGCUAUGUUCCAAGCGUUUUGGAGAAAAUGCGUUUGUUUAUGGAAGUGAGGGACAAAAGACACUCAAGCGGGAUGCGAUUCCUCUCAUCUCUCAUUCUUUGUUUGAUCCUGCAGUAAGCACCAGUUCAGAAUCAUUUGUAAGUCCAGAGAAGCAAGAAGACUCAGAUUGUAGUACUAUAUCUGCCAUUUCAAUCACUUGUGAGGGGACUCCUGCUAAAAAAAGCGACCUAUCCCCACACACCAUAAAGUGGCCAACAGAAGAUGAGAAAGGGAUUAUCGAAAACCAUUUCAACAUGAAUGGGUUUCCAAAUGUCAUCCGUGCCAUUGAUGGUACUCACAUUAAAAUUGAUAAGCCCCAGAAUGACCCUGAUUCCUACAUCAAUCGCAAAGGUUAUUAUUCAGUGCAGAUGCAAGCAGUUUGUGACCAUACAUAUAAAAUAUUGGAUGUGUUCAUUGGAUACCCAGGCUUGGUGCAUGACAGUAGAGUGUAUCGGAAUUCCCCUCUAAAGAACACUUUACAAGCAAAAUGUGGAGGAUACUUUAUAUUAGGGGAUAGUGGCUAUCCCUUAGAAACCAAUUUAUUGACACCCUAUAAAGAUAGAGGAAAUUUAACUGCCAGACAAAUAAAUUACAAUGUCAAAGUUUCAAAAAACCAAUAUGUGAUUGAGCAACUGUUUUGGGAUGCUUAA